UCUGCGCUGCCUCCGCUGCUAUUCCGUUACAGUGGGGCAAAAUGGCGGCUGUCAUUCAGAAUCCUUUAAACGCGUUGGGUGACCAGUUCUACAGAGAAGCCAUCGAGCACUGUCGCAGCUAUAAUGCUCGCCUGUGUGCUGAGCGCAGCGUCCGCCUGCCCUUUCUCGACUCUCAAACCGGCGUUGCCCAGAACAACUGCUACAUCUGGAUGGAGCGUCAUCAUCGUGGACCAGGUUUGGCGUCUGGCCAGAUGUAUACAUACCCUGCCCGCUGCUGGAGAAAGAAGAGGAGGUUACACACUUCCAUGGAUUCAAGCCUUCACCUCUACGGUCUAAAUAUAGAUAAUGGUCUGACAGCUAAAGAUGCCUUGCCUACACCAAGCACUACGCUGGAGGCUUUGCUUAGAGGAGACAACUUGGACAAGAGGAACAGCACCAGAGACGAGGACCUGCUGGAGAUUCAGAGAGUUUUAGAGGCUGACGCCAACGAAGAUGGUUACCAUGACGAUGAAGACUUUGAAGUGGACAUACCAAAAAGGAAACACCGGGGAAAAGGCAGAGGUCGAGGCUCAGGACGCCGGAGGGCAGACCAUGAUGAUCAAGACAAGCCAUAUAUCUGUGAAAUCUGUGGGAAACGCUACAGGAAUCGCACUGGCUUAAGCUACCACUAUGGCCAUAGUCACAUUGCUGAUAAAGAGGAACCUCAAGCCAGAGACCAAGAGCCAUCACCGUCUCCAGCCAUCAACCACCGUCCUCACAGUCGCAAGCAUCAGAAGAGUCCAGAUGAAGCACAUACACUGAACAACUUGUGCAAAGUCUGUCAAGUGCAUUCAGACUCCAAACUGAAGGAUGGCAAGUGCUCCAAAUGUAGCCGGUUAGGUGGAGUCGAUGAAGGAAAAGAGGAGAAGUCUUUCACUGGAGCGGAGGAGCUAUUUGGUGCCAGCUCUGAGAGCGACACUUCUACAUUUCAUGGCUUUGAGGAGGAUGAGCUCGAAGAGCCCAUGUUUAACAGCAGCAAGGCCUCUCCAAAGGGAAGAUAGAGAACAGUUUAAAAGACGUGCUGUUCCUUUUUAACACAGCGCAUCCCCCUGCAAAAAUUCUGCUGCUUCUUUUUAAAGGUUUUUGUUUAUUUGUUUGUUUUUAUUUUUUUCCCUUUUCCCUUUUAUUGGAAGCACAAGUCAUUGUAUCAGAAGAUGAUGUAUGAAAGUUUUAUCUUCCUUUAAUGAGUUGUGGAUAUUAUUAUUAUUAUUAUUAUUAUUAUUUAUAUAUUAAGAGCAAAUAGGAACAGACUGUUUUUUUUUUUGUUUGUUUUUGAAUUAUUAUUAUUAUUAUUAUUAUUUUAACAAACGUUUUUUCUAUUGUACUUUUCCCCCUUGAGGGGAAAUUAUAGUAUAUUAUAAAGGCUGUAAUGGACAGAGAUUACUUGCAGGUUUGUUUCUGGAAACAUUUUCUGAGACUUAAGACAAAAAAAACUUUAAAGGAUACCUUGCCCCUGUUAAGGAGUACAAGUCAGUGAAGAGAAGACACGAGCUUCGGGAAAAAGAAAAAAAACUGGUAGCGUUUCAUGUCACUGGAAUUGCCAAGGGAUGCAACCGAGAUCUCCUCAAUAAGUCAACUGGGUACUUAGUCUUGUGUACUGUGACUACGCCAAAAUGGAGUUGGACAACCUUUAAGAAGAGGAGUAGCAGAUGUGCCGUCUCUCAUGCUUCUAUGGAGAUUAAGGAGCUGUUGUGAAGAAGAGAUUAUUUGAAUCACUGGUUAAACGUGGAAGAUCUUGGCUGUGUAAAGCAGAGAGAAGAGCUGUAAUGAAGGAGGAAGGGGAGACAUGAGCUACUCUUGGAAAUAAAAAUGAGUUCCAGAGUCUCAAUCCACCUCUUCAGUCUUCUGAAUGUCUGAGGCAGUAAAGCCGAGGAAGCCUCUGUGCAGCCAGACAAACACCAGACUCACACUCAUAGACAAGUAUUGAUUUUUCAUUUUUUUUUUUGCUUUGUUUCUUUUUUUUUUUUUACUUCUCGGACUGCUGCUGCUCUCCUCGUGUUGGUCUGCAGCCUGAAUUUGAGACUGCGAUCGAAGCCGUAUGAGACUCUUCCUCCACUCUCCGUACUGCAGGAGGUCUAGGAGAGAUUCCCGUUCUAGCUUUACAGUGUCACUUGGUUAAAACCUCAAGGACAGUACUUAAUAUGAAUAUAACUACUUGGUUUUAUUCAGGAUCUUUACAGCCAUUGUGUGAUUUUCGUCAUCACAUAAGCAUACUGUGUGGACUUUGAGAUGUCAUGUUCACACGUUUGAAGAAAACGAAGACGUUUCUGUUGUACGUAAAAGCACAAAGCCGUCCUAGCUUUUUUCUCCACAUAGAGUUUUGAAUGUGACCUUGCUCUAGAUAGUGUUCUCGAUAUACCUUCGUGUCAUUGCAUUUAUAUAUACUUUUCCCCCCCGCCCCAAAUGUGUGAACAUGACAUAAUAGCAGAGAGAGAAUAUUGUGAAAUUGUGUAACUUUCUUUUCACGUCCCUGGUGCACAAAAUUUCUAUUCUGAAGUGACAUGAAUAGUGAAUAGGAUUACGCUGUGUUUUACCCAGUCUCUCAGGGGAAGAUGAUCCUGACAGCCAUAUUUAAAACACACCACUAUAGAAUCCUGCAAACAUGGAUCUUUUAAAACUGCGGUUUCAAUAUCUAUUUACAGAAAUAUUUUAAUUCUACUGAUUUCACUUUUCUGAAUGGACACAUUCUUUACAGGCUCUUUUACCCUCUCUUGUAUUAGAGCCUCAGUACCUGCUCAGGCAUUUUCUUUCAAACGUAGGACUGCUCCUUCCAUGCAGGUGCUGUACACUGUAUAGUCAGGCUUUAUCAUGCAUUUGGAUGAAGCUAAGGUUAAGCUAAUGACACCCUGCUUGGGUGUAAGUCUGAAAAACAAACCGUCCCCAUCAUUGAUUAACCACUAAUAAAAAGAAGUGACGGGUCCUCAUCUAUAGGUUGCUUUUAAAGAUUAUUAAAUAUGAUCCGUUAUCUGUUAGUUUGGAUUAUUUUUCUAGGCAUCGCAAUCAAAAUCACAAUAAAGUAGAGAAUAAAAGGCAAUAUGGAUUAUUUUUGUCAUAACAGUACCAUCCUACUGUAUAGUGUUGUUUCACUUGCAUUACAACGAUUUGCCAAGGAUUUGACCAAUCUUUUUUUUUUUAUUUAAUAACUAACUACACUUUUGAUCCAGAUAUACAGUGAAACUUUGGAUUGUGAAUAACUCAGUCUGCAAGCGUUUUUGCAAGAUGAGCCAAAUUCUUUUAUGUUAUAAAAACAUUAAUAAAAGGUCUUGACAUAUGAGUAGAGUAUGUAUGUGCUGUGUCUGCCGAGCGUCAAGUGAUCACACCUGAGCCAAUGGUUCUUCUUUCGUCUGUGCUGCGGGAUUGUGGGUAAUCGUCUCCAUAGGAGCAUACCUCCAAGGACCAUACUCAGUCUCAGUCCUUGUAAAGUAAACAUCCGUGUGCACGUUUACUGUUUACUAUAACAUUGAGACCACGUAUGUGUGCAUGCAUAAAGCAAAAGCAAGUGUCCUAAGAAAGUUUCUGUGUUAAAGGUCCAGUUUCCACUGUCUCUCUGUCAGUGAUUCUGUUGGUGUGUGUGUGCACACGACUGUCAUUAAAAAGGUUGCUUGAUAAAGAAGUUUCCCAACAAAGCACGAAAGUGUGUGCACGAAAGUCGUUCUACACAGUAGCCCCCUCCCUCCUCUUUUGUCUUACUUUAGCCAUAAUUCUUAAAUUCUUAAGGUAAAGUGCAGGUUAACUUUUAAAUUUUUUACUUUAUUUUUUGUAUUAAUUAUUUUUAUAUGAAUAUUUCUGGCUUGUGGAACAAAUCAUCUGAGUUUCCAUUAUUUCUUAUGAGGAAAUUUGCCUUGAUAUACGAGUGCUUUGAUUAUACAAGUAAUCAAACAAGCUUCCAGAACCAAUUAUGCUUGCAAUCCAAGGUUUAACUGUAGUUGGAUUAACUGUUUUGAACCAUCCAUGAAACAGAUUAGUUCCUGGUAGUUCCAGCUAGAACUGCUAAAUAAUGACACCAGCCUCUUUUUUCUCCCUCUAAUAAAACUAAUAAGCUAGUACAAAAAAAUAUAUAUAUAUUAUUUCUGGUUAAAGCCCUGACACUUGAGACUCCUCUUACAAAUCUUUCUUCAGCGCCUUCUGAUAGAAAUCUCAUCUCAUCAAUGACUGUAUAAUUUUCUUUGUUAAACAACAACUUUCCAUUUUCUGUUUAAAUAUGGUGAAGUGUCCACCAUAAAGGUUCCUGUUUCUACUUCCAGUGGCCGAAAACUAUUGUCAAACUGCUGGUAAAAAAAAACAAUACACAAAAUCACUGUGGUAGAAAAGCAGUGCUUUGUGAUGGUAUCACAUGACGUCACAUUAAUUAGGAUUUGUAUGAUUGAGCCUUCUUAAUGAUCAUGCGGAAAAGAAAAUCCAUGUUAUUUAUUUAUUUAAUUUUUUUAUAUUUUAGUCCACACAAGGAGUGCUAAAAAAAGCUGUUUGGAUAUGAAAAGGGUGUAUUGAAAACUUUUCAGUGUUUUCAUGGUUUGUGGUCCUGAAAUAAUCUAAUAGAAACUGCCUGUGUGUGAUCAGACAUCUGUUGGGAUCGUCUUUGCGGCUGUACGGGUCACCCAGCGAUGCCAGCAUGAACUAGAGGAAAUAGACCUUUUAUAUUCUAUACAUCAUUGUAUUUUGUUGUCAAAAGUCUAAUGGUGCUGAGUUAAACCAUCAUUACGUCCAGCAUGGUAAAGAGGUUGGCACUCCAGGGUACGUGUUCAUUUCCAAAAAAAAAAAAAAGCUGCACCUAACAUUAUGGCACAUAGAUUUUCACUUGAUGUGACUAACACUCCACCUACGUGCAGGCCAGAAGACUGUGAGUGCCGUUUAUUGUUUAUUCCUCACAUAUCUGAACCCUGUUCCCACACUGCUGUUCUAAUAUGAUUUAAGGAGAGUCCGGUUCCAAAUGCAGUUGGUGAGUUAGGCAUAAUGCUGUGAUGUAAAUUUUAAUGCUUUUUUUUCCUCUCUUGCUUUUUUGAGAACAUUUAUUUAUGUUUAUGCAAGAAUUUUGUUUGCUUUGUCUACUGCACAUCUAGUUGGACUGGUAUAAACAUGUAAUGUUAAUUGUCUAAUGAAAUGAAGGUUACCAAGUGAUAAACAGUGGAAGGCGGAAACGUGUACACGACGGCUUACACAAUGACGUGGACUGGUGUGCAAACGAGCACACAUAAUAACCGACACUCAAGAAAUCCCCUCAGGGACCAUAAUCGCACACUCAACAAGAGCACGAGGAACGAUUCGCCGAAACAAGAAACGUUUCAUCAGUCUGAAUUCUUCAUUUCUAUCCAGACAUUUUAUGGAACUGUGUGCAUUUUGCUGAUCUUCCAUGCAGUGGAUCUUGUGCACUUUUUGAACAACUAAUGCUCCUGCUGAGGGGUAAAUGAUUGAUGAACGAACAUCAUGAUGAAUUUAAGCAACUGAUCUGUCUAAUACUUUCUGCUAAUAAGUUUGUAGUCACUUCUGUACCUCAGAAAAGUCAAUGAGCAAUAGGCCUGUCUUUUUUUUCUGCAUUCCUAGAGUUGGAACAAGAGCCAAUUUGAGGUGAAGGAGUUGAAUUGAUUAUUUUGUCUGCAUCUGUAAAUAAUAUAAUCCAAAUGAAGUCUUUGUUAGUUGUUAUUUUUAUUGUGACAAAAGGAAUUAAAGAAUGGAUUAGA